CUACUCAAAACUCAAAAGCCUUAUCGUUCUUGCAAAGCUAGGGUUUAUCAAGUAAACCCUGAUUUCCUCCUCUUUCCCACUAAUUUGCAUUCAUCUGUUUUUAGAGAUGGCUUUUUCGUCGGCUUUUCGUCGCAUUCUCAACGGACCAUCUUCUAUUAUGAGCUCUCAGUUCGCUUCAGCUCGAUUCAACUCAACUUUAACUGCCCCAAAGCUAUUUAUCAGCGGCCUGAACAGAAACACGACUGAUGAAAAACUUAAAGAAGCAUUUGAACCAUUUGGCCAGCUUGUGGAGGCAAAAGUGAUCAUGGAUAGGGCUACUCAAAGAUCAAAGGGUUUUGCAUUUGUGACAUAUGCAUCAAUAGAAGAAGCUGAGAAAGCUCGUGAAGGAAUGAAUGCAAAGUUCUUAGAUGGAUGGGUUAUUUUUGUGGAUCCAGCAAAGCCAAAGGAAUAUAGACCACCUGCAGAUCCUGAAUCACAGCAGCAAUCUGAGUUUGGAUUCAAAACAAACAAGACUAUUGGUUGGUGUGGCUAAUUGUCAUGUUUAAUGAGGGUUUUAGACAUAUUCUUACUAUGAUUCCCAUGGGUUUGAAAUGAAGUUAUGUUGACACAUAUAUGGAAUUUUUAAUCAUUGUUUAGAAUCUGUGAUUGAAUGGCGUUGAAGAUAA